AUGGGUUUGUAUAGAGUGUUAGUGGUUGCUGUUUGCUUAAGCGUGUUCCAGCUAAACUAUUGCCAAUGCCGGAAUUUCAAUGCUCCAGCUUCAAGGGUCCAAAGAAGUGUCAGAUACACUUCUGUUGAACCUUAUCCAUACACACAAAAUGACCGAAGAAAUGCUAAUGACCAACCAAUUACUUCCAAAACAUACACAAGACCGGUGACUGUAAAAGUACCCUUAGGUGGAUCUUCUGGCCUCUCUGUUACAGUUAAAAUUCAAAACAAUACUAAAACAGAAAAUACUCCGCAGAAUUUACCUCCUGAAUAUAGUCUUACAAGAAAUUCAAAUAAACAAUACAGCUCUGCAAGUGCUUACGCUGAAACAGGGUCAAUAAACACUGACACACAAACAAUAACGGCUACUGAAGCUGAUUCAGGGGUGAUAAAUGGCGUUGAUGUAGCUGAAGCAGGCGUGAUAACUGACGUAAUUAAAAUAGAAAAUGUUACUGAAACCAUAAGCCAAGCAGAAGCGAUGGCAAUGGGAGACAACGCCACACAAGCAACAGUGAUAGCAUCAGCAAAUUCUGGCAAAACAUCCGCAAGUGGUAAAGCAAGUGGAAAUGAAGAUAAUACCGUCGACGUAGGAGCAGCUACAGAUACGAUGACAAAACUUAUAAGAACUGAUACUAUAACUGAAACAGAAGCAGUUUCAGAAGGUAACAACACAGCUACGGCAGAAGCAUCUGCAAUAUUAGCUGCAGAUGGUAAUGCAGUAUCUUCAGUGGCAAGUAGUUCAGCCACCGGUAAUAACGCUAAUGCAGUGGCAGCUACAGCUACACAAGUCAUAACUACAACUUCUGGAACUAGCAAUAUCGAUGCAGCUGUAGCCGAAGCUGGAGGUAAAGACGCACCAGCCGAAGCAAUUGCAGAUGUAGAAAAUGAAGAUGGCAAAAAUGACGCAAAUGGCAACUCAAGUGGCAACAAUGCAGACGCUAUGUCAGAAUCAGAAUCAUAUACUCUACCUGUAGUUACAAAAGCAGUUGUCACAUAUGAUGAUUCACUUGGAAAUGAGGACAGUAAGACUGUUACUAACCCCGAGUCAACUCCAGGUGAUAUUUCAUAUACAGAUAAAGACGAACCAGAAAAAAAAGCAAAUGCUGAAAAAGCUGCUGAAAGUGGUUAG